GAUUGGUUCCGUCUGAACGGUGAUUAGCGCGUGCAGCGGACCCUCGUAUGACCAUCAAGGACUCCCGGUGUGUCUGAUCGUGAUGCUGCAGUUCUUCACUGUAGUGGAGCUGAGAGCGGCGGGUCUAUAAAGCUGCUCGGCGGUCUUUCAUCCACGAAGAGUCGAGAGGACAGCGGAAACAUGCCAGUGACCGGAGUGGGAUCACACCAGACCGGAGGAACCCCACCUGCAGCUGUAACCGCAGGAAAGCAUGCCAACAUGAGCUCUGGAAACGGAUGCAACCAUCAGGAUCCAGACCAGAGCCUCAAACCGCAGCAUGUCCUGCCCAUGCCAAUCCCAGAUCCUCCCAUUCACUUUACUAAGUUGUUCAUUGAUAACGAGUGGCAGGAGGCGUGCAGCGGAAGAAAGAUUCCUGUGUAUGAUCCCGCCACAGGGAACCUGCUGUGUGAAGUAGAAGAGUCUGACAAAGAAGAUGUAGAUAAGGCUGUGAGGAGCGCCAGAGCUGCCUUCCAGACAGGGUCCCCAUGGCGAUCCAUGGAUGCCUCAGACCGAGGUCAGCUACUCAACAGACUCGCUGACUUAGUGGAGAGAGACCGGCUACUACUGGCAACACUAGAAAGUCUGGACUCUGGUAAAGUGUUUCUCAUGGCAUAUUUUGUUGAUCUGUUGGCCACAAUUAAAACACUGAGAUAUUAUGGAGGCUGGGCAGACAAGAUUCAUGGCAAAACCAUCCCUGUAGAUGGAGAGUAUUUUACUUACACUCGGCAUGAGCCCAUUGGAGUCUGCGGCCAGAUAAUUCCUUGGAACUUCCCAUUGAUGAUGUUUGCGUGGAAGAUUGCUCCGGCUCUUUGCUGUGGGAACACUGUAGUCAUCAAACCUGCUGAGCAGACCCCAUUAUCAGCCCUGCACAUGGCUGCGCUCAUCAAAGAGGCAGGUUUUCCUCCGGGUGUGGUGAACGUGGUGCCAGGUUAUGGUCAUACAGCAGGCUGUGCCAUUUCUCACCACAUGGACAUUGACAAAGUAGCCUUCACUGGAUCUACUGCUGUUGGGAAACUCAUCCAGAAGGCUGCAGGUGAAAGCAACCUGAAAAGAGUUACACUCGAACUUGGAGGAAAAAACCCAAACAUAGUCUUUGCUGACUGUGACUUAGAGUAUGCUGUAGAGCAGGCCCACAGUGGCCUGUUCUUUAACCAGGGGCAGUGCUGUCUGGCUGGGUCCAGGGUGUUUGUAGAGGAGCCCAUCUACGAGGAGUUUGUCCGCCUCAGCGUGGAGAAAGCCAAAUCGAAAAUGUUGGGAAACCCAUUGCUGCCAGGUGUUGACCAAGGACCACAGAUUGACCAGAAACAGUUUGAUAGGAUAAUGGCGCUGAUAGAGAGCGGGAAGAAGGAGGGGGCAACGCUGGAGUGUGGGGGGUCUCAGUGGGGUCAGCAGGGACUUUUUAUACAACCCACCGUCUUCUCAAAUGUCUCAGAUGAAAUGUGCAUCGCCAAAGAAGAGAUUUUUGGUCCAGUGCAGCAGAUCAUGUGUUUCCGAAGCAUUCAUGAAGUCAUCCAGAGAGCCAACGACACACACUACGGCCUGGCAGCAGGAGUGUUUACUAACGACAUUGACAAAGCCCUCACAGUCUCCUCUGCCCUGCAGGCUGGCUUGGUCUGGGUGAACUGCUACAACGCUAUGAGUUCUCAGUGUCCCUUUGGUGGCUUCAAGAUGUCUGGGAAUGGGAGAGAACUGGGGGAAUAUGCUCUUCAGGAGUACACAGAGGUCAAAGCAGUCACCAUCAAAAUCUCAAAGAAGAACUCGUAACACUGUCAUACCACAGGACUGGCCUUUUCAUGGCUCAGCCACCCCUAAAAAACCUGCAGAAUCAAAUUGCAUUUGAUAUUUUGAAGGCAUUGUCAAUUCUGCAUUACUAAAUGAUCUUAAAUUACUGAGAUACCUCCUUUUUCAUCUCCUUCUAAAUGUUGGAUCUCAUUUCUUUACAUUACUCUGACGAUGCUGACUCUCAUCUGUAUAUGUUCCUCUAAUGUUAUGUCUCUAUUUAAUUAUUUAGUGGACAGCAUGUUCUCUAUUGCCGUGUCUAUAGUGUGUAUGUUAGUAUAUGUUAGUAUAUGAGCGAGCUUGUUCUUGUUUAAAGGUAACCACUUCAAUAGCACUUUGCCAGAAAUUAAUCAUUUUAAUAGGUAGGUGUCAUACAAAAAUAAAAAUACAUUAUACAUACUAUAUACAAUGAUUUCUUCAUGAAAUCUAUCAAAUGUUGACCAUAUUAAUUACAGUAAAACUUUUAAAUGACUGAAUUGCAGCAAACAGGAUCAUCAUCUGUAUUACAUGAAAGUGCUGUUUUGUUUGUUUGUUUACCUUUUCUUUAGUUGUGCUAGAAACACAGAUAAACAGUAGUGUUUGUUUCCUUUUACUUUCCACCACUCACUUCCUCCCCCAUAAUGUGCUCAUUUGGGUUUCAUGUGACUUUUUCAGUUCUUAAAUAUACCUUGUUAAUUGGCAUGUGUAAAAUACUUGUUUUAAUGUUAAUGAUAAAGGUAAAAAGUAAUGUAGAAGCAUAAUUCUUCUAUAAGGUCAAAGUUAAUCUGUCACUUACUCUAAAAGUAUGAUUAUUUUAGUGGCACCCUCCAUAAACACUUUGACCAUGAGUUCAGUGGUCAACAGACGCUGGUUGUUAUCAGGAUUUGAGUCCAUACAUUCUUCUUUUAUUCCCUGCGAGGCCCACCUCGACCUCUUCCUCUCCCAGGUCCAGGUUGAGGCCCCCUGGCAUUUCCAGGAGGGGGUCUUCGUGGCCCUGGGGCACGGGUCACUGGAGAUCUGGGGUUUGGGGCAGCCAAUGACACAUCUUUUUGUAGUUUAACCCCUUUUCCUGCGGCACCUGGCUUCAUCUUGGGAGACUUGCUGCCUUUCUCAAUUACGACAUCUGAGAUGACAGAGUGGUGAUGAAAGUCAGGUGCAAAUUGGCUCAUAGGACACAAAGUAAACCAGUAAAAAUGUCAGUAAACAAGACUGUGUGUGUGCACUCACCAGGAGGAGGCGGCUCUUCCUCAGCAGGAGGGGGUAUUAAAGAUUUGUCUGGAAGCAGGUCCUCCAAGUCUUUCAUCACUUGAUUAGUGCUGUCUUUGUUGUUUCUGCGGUUCUUCUCCUCAUCCCGAGCCUAAAGUAUGCACGGUGAAACAGAGAGUCAUUUAUCUGAUUGAACCUUGUACAAAGGAUACUUUAAAAUAGUGAAAUGUGGGGAAAUUGGUACAUGAGAGAACUUAUAUUGACCAUUUGCAUCUUCCUUUUAAGGUCCAAGUUUGCUUGUUGAUAUCCUUUUGACACUGCAUUCAGGUAGUAUAUGGCCAACCUGUUAAACAAUAUCAUACAUCUAUUAGAAGAAAAUCAUUCAACAGUGCUGGGAGGCCUGUAUGUAAGGAAGGUGACUACAAGGUUGUGUUCUUGGAUUGCAUAACUUUAUUUUUAACAUUUAAACCAGCACUAAAAAUACGUUUAACUGCUUUCAAACACAAACAAAAUAACGGUGACAUUUGAAAAUGUCUGACUUUAGUUCCCUCUAGUGGUAGUGCAUAAAAGACACAGUGGGAAAUUGCAUACCAGUCACUGAUACCAAUUUGAACUACAAUAGGCAAACUUUCGUUAUCAUCAUUUUAAUACCACAAGAUUAUUUAGAAAUUUGAUAUAAUCACACAAAAAAGUAUCCUAGAUUUAGAUGCCCAACAUCUUUUUAGUGUAGAGAAGUCAGAGUGUUAAAUGUACAAUUAAAAAUAUGCAAAAGAUAUGGCAUUAUCUAAACAGCCACAUAACUGCAUGGAUAUUUUGUAUAGUCAAAUACAAAAUUGUAUUGUUUUGAGGCCCCUUUUCCUUCCAUCCAAGUACCUCAUCCUUAUUUUAGCAUAGGAUAGCAUUUUAAGCAGAUACAGCAGAAUACCUUAAAUUACAUUUGAACAAUACUCACACCAUGAGAAGGACAGCAGGCAUGAUGAGUCCAGGGUUGGUGGCAUAAGUAAAAAUAUUACUUAUGAAAGAUGGCAGAUCCUUAUCUAUAGUUUCCAUGACCACGUCAUACAUUUUCUCUUGACCACUGUUAUGAAAAAUAUACGUAUAAAAUACAGAUUACUCCUGGAAAAAAAUGUCAUGUUAUCAAACGGGGAGAGUUUUAGCAUGAGUAGUAGCGUAAGGAGUAGAAAUAGUAGAAGUAGAAGUAAUAGAAGUGUGAAUGUGCUCAAGAAACCCUAGGGACAACAGAUAAAAUGAGCUCAAGGUAAUAUCUUGUUAAACUAACCCUGCUCGAAUAUGUUUGUGUUCAUUAGCAGUACCUUGGAAAUAAAGCAAAUUAAAU